GGCCAAUAGAUAGUUAUAUAUACACACGCAAACGCACGAUAGAGGAGAGAGAGAGAAAGAGAGAAUCAGCAAAGAGGCAAGUAAUUAUUACUUGGCAGCUUCCGAAGAAAGAGAAUCGACCAACGUCUCAUUCGGCUGUGAAUAUCAGAGAAAGAAACUCAAAGAUCCUUCGCCUGUCUUUGAUUUGCUCGACGAUUCUCAUCCUUGUUUGUACGAUUCAUCUCCUUCUCCUCAAUAUCCAAUUCUGUUCGUAUAUGAUAAGACAUAUCAGGCGAGAAGUGACUAAGAUUUGCUAAGCAUAUGGAGCAGAAGCGUGUUCUGUUGUCAGCAUUGAGCGUGGGCGUAGGGGUGGGGCUAGGCUUGGCCUCUGGACAGACAAUAAGCAAAUGGGCAGGAUAUAGUUCUUCCGGCAACGGCGUCACGGCCGAGCAGAUUGAGGAGGAGCUUCUGAGGCUGGUAGUCGAUGGCAAACAAAUCAAGAUUACCUUUGAUGAGUUACCCUAUUUCCUCAGUGAGCGUACACGGGUGUUAUUGACAAGUGCUGCAUAUGUCCGUUUGAAGCACCUUGACAUUUCCAAGCACACUCGCAAUCUUUUGCCCGCAAGUAGGGCUAUUUUGCUCUCAGGACCUGCUGAACUUUUCCAGCAAAUGCUUGCAAGAGCUCUUGCACAUCACUUUGAAGCAAAGUUGUUGCUAUUGGAUGUAACUGACUUUUCUCUUAAGAUGCUGGCCAAGUACGGAAGUGCCAAAAGAGAUCUGUCUUUGAAGAGGUCCAUCUCAGAGGUAACUUUGGAGCGAAUGUCCGAUUGGCUUGGUUCCAUCUCACUCCUUCCCUCAAGGGAGGAUGCUAGAGGCUUGUUACACAGGCAAAGUAGUGGCUCAGAUGUAAAGUUGAGUGGUGAUGAAGGUGCUGACUCCCUGAAGCAUCACAGAAAUGCAUCUUCUCCUGAUAUGAGUUCUCAGUGCUCCUCUUCUAACACAGCUCAUUUGAAGCGUGUGAGUCGAUGGUCUUUUGACGAGAAAAUUUUCUUACAGUCACUUUUCAAGGUUCUGGUUUCUAUCUCCCAAACUGGUUCUAUCAUUCUCUACAUCAGAGAUGUUGAGAGGCUUCUGCUCCAAUCCCAGAGGCUGUUCAAAUUGUUUGAUAGAAUGUUAAAGAAAUUAACAGGAUCAAUCCUAAUACUGGGCUCCCACAUGGUGAGCUCAGAAGAUGAUUGUGUUCAAGUGGACGAGAGAAUUUCUCUUUUAUUUCCUUAUAAUAUUGAUAUCAAGCCACCAGAAGAUGAUACUCAUCUUGAAAGCUGGAAAGCGCAACUAGAGGAGGGCGUGAAGUUGAUCCAGAUUCAGGAUAAUAAGAAUCACAUUGCUGAGGUCCUUGCAGAAAAUGAUCUUGCAUGUGAUGAUCUAGGUUCAAUCUGCCAUGCAGACACUAUGGUUCUCGGUAAUUACAUAGAAGAGAUUGUUGUAUCAGCAGUAUCUUUCCAUCUGAUGAAUAACAAGGAUCCUGAGUACCGAAAUGGCAAACUUAUUAUAUCAGCUAAAAGUUUGUCCCAUGGAUUGAGUAUAUUCCAGGAAGGGAAAAUGGGUGAGAAAGAUACUCUCAAAUUAGAAACAAAUGCUGAAUCUUCCAAGGAUUCUGAAGGGGAAGAGAUCAUUGGGUUAAAGCCUGACUCAAAGUCUGAGAACAAAAAUGAGACAGAGAAAUCAGUCCCUUCAGGGAAGAAAGAUGGGGAGAAUUCACCUCCACCCAAAGCACCGGAAGUUCCUCCUGACAAUGAAUUUGAGAAGCGCUUAAGGCCGGAGGUCAUCCCUGCAAAUGAGAUAGGUGUAACAUUUGCCGAUAUUGGUGCCUUGGAUGAGAUUAAAGAAUCACUUCAGGAGGUGGUCAUGCUCCCUCUUCGAAGACCGGAUCUCUUCAAAGGUGGGCUUCUUAAGCCAUGUAGAGGUAUAUUGCUGUUCGGUCCUCCUGGUACUGGGAAGACAAUGCUGGCAAAGGCCAUUGCCAAUGAAGCGGGAGCAACAUUCAUCAAUGUCUCAAUGUCAACUAUCACUUCAAAAUGGUUUGGAGAAGAUGAAAAGAAUGUCCGAGCUUUGUUCACACUUGCAGCAAAGGUUUCCCCAACUAUUAUUUUUGUGGAUGAGGUUGAUAGCAUGCUGGGGCAACGGACAAGAGUUGGGGAGCAUGAAGCCAUGCGGAAGAUAAAGAAUGAGUUCAUGACACAUUGGGAUGGACUAUUAACAAAGUCGGGUGAGCGCAUUCUUGUUCUUGCUGCAACCAACAGGCCAUUUGACCUUGAUGAAGCGAUUAUCAGGCGGUUUGAGCGCAGAAUAAUGGUUGGUCUCCCAUCCCUGGAGGGCAGAGAAAUGAUUUUAAAAACUCUUUUGGCAAAGGAAAAAGUGGAUAAUCUAGACUUCAAGGAGCUUGCUGCCAUAACAGAAGGAUACAGUGGAAGUGAUCUUAAGAAUUUGUGCAUAACAGCAGCUUAUCGACCUGUUAGGGAGCUGAUACAGCAAGAGAGACAAAAGGACAUGGAAAAGAAGAAGAGUGUUGAAGAAGGGCAGAGCUCAGAAGAAGGUGGUUCAGAUACGAAAGAAGGCAAAGAGGAACAAGUAAUUACUCUGAGGCCCUUAAACAUGGAAGACAUGAGGCAGGCAAAGAAUCAGGUUGCUGCAAGUUGUGCCGCAGAGGGAGCUGUAAUGAGUGAAUUGAAGCAGUGGAACGACUUGUACGGAGAAGGAGGUUCAAGAAAAAAGCAGCAGUUAACUUACUUCCUCUAGAAUGUAUACCAGGAUAUUCUUGUGCUCAUCAGGACCACUCUUUUUGAAAGUGUGAAGGAUUAACUGGGAACCCCAAAAGUCUUCUGCCUAAAGCCCAAACAGUACUGAGAGAACUGCGAGGACCCUGUAUCAGAACGCUAGCUGGAGGACCUUCGCCUUGCAUCGAAAUACGAAUAUUCCUGAGACACCCAGAAAAGCUUGAACCGGCGAGAACCAUGUUUGGGAGAAGGAGUUAGUCGGUAUUGAACCGAAAGAUCUGCAUGCCACAUUCCAUAACGGCUAGUGUGUUUUAGUUAUGUAGUGUCUGUGGUAUUCGAGGCAGUGCUUGGGUCUGAGAAACAGGGGUGAAAGUAUUGUGGGACUUGAUUGAUUAGCAUUUGUGUAUUAUGGAUAGGAGGAACUUUAUUCAACAACAUAUUUGUAAAUUAGUCUUGUUUUAAGGAUUUGGUAUUGUUAUAUACUUGAUGCUAUUCUUUUUUGGGCACCCCUCACUUAACUUAUUCA